AUGAGGCUCACGUGCAGCGUAGCCAUACUCAGCCCGGGACAUAUCCUCCUACCAAUCCCAAACGGUAUCAUCUUCACCCCCGUUAUUCCCGUCAUAUCCGCCUCCUCCCGACCCGACAAAAACCUCUCCGGGUCAAACCUCUCCGGGUCAGACCACAGAGUCGGGUCAUCCGAUAUCCCCGGAAGAAAAAACUCCACAUUCGCAUCCGUCGGGAUAUCAUACCCUCCUAGCGUGGUAGGCUCCGUCACAGCAAGCUCCUUUACAAACGCGUUGAGGUACGGCAUCUUCUCCAAAUCCCCUUCUUCCACCUUUUUUUCCCCGACCACUAAUCGGAUCUCGCUGGCGACCCGAUUCUGGAUCGCUGGAUUCUCGAUCAUCCUCGCAAUCGCCCAUUCAACGGCGGUGGCCGUGGUGUCGGUCCCGCCGUUGAGAAACUCCGAGCAGAGGGUCACGAUUUCUGGAUCUGUCGGCCCAGAUUUGCGUCCCUCGAUUUCCAGAUCAAAGAGAGUGUCGAGAUACGAGAAUGUCUGGUCGUUGGAGUUGCGGAUGGCCUCGCGGCGCUUCUCGAUUAGCGGGACAAGGGUUUGGAUCUGCUGGUGCCUCACACUCUGCACCUUCUUCCACUGUUUGGGGAAGAAGAGGGCGAGGGAGGUAAUCGUCGAGGCGGGGAUCGAGGACCAUGAGCACGGAUUUCAUCAUCUGAUCCACGCGGUCGAUUGUCUUUUCGUCCAUCUCCACCCCGAAGCACAUUCCCAGGAGUAUGCAGAAGACGGCGAACCGGGCGUUUUUGAGAACGGCGACGGCGCCGCCGCCGAGGGCGGCGUCGUGGCGGAGGCGGGCGACGAGUUUGUCCAUGGCGGCGGUGCGGAGGGCGCGGAAGCCGCGGAGGCGGGCGGGGGCGAGCAUGUUGUGGACCAUGUUGCGGCGGAGGGAGCGCCAGACGGGGCCGUAGAGGGCCGCGUUGACGGUGAACUUGUUGCAGCUGAAGAUGGCGCGGGUGGGGUUCUCGCGGGGGCGGCUGGCGAAGACCUGGCCCUUGUCGAUGAGGGCCUCGCGUGCGAGGUGGGCGCCGCUGACCACGAUCAUGGUGCGGGUGCCCAUGCGGAGGGUGAGGAUGGGGCCGUAGCGCGGAAUGAGGUGGUCGCGGACGUAUUGGAAGAAGGGGAUGCCGGAGCCGGCCACCUGGAGGAGGUUUCCGACCACAGGGUAGCCGGGGGGGCCUGGGGGGAGAUUUAG